UCCGCGCAGCAGCUUUCGCGUCGCCAUAAAUGUAAACGCAUCCAUGACAAUGGAAAGCAGAAGCAAAUUGCAUUGAGCCGUUUCGAUUCACGCUGACUCGGCUUGCCUGGUGGCCACUGGAGUAGUUGAACUACAAAGUUCACGUGAAAUGACGCUAUUUUAUGCACUCAGAGUGUUAGCUGUUCUCAAGGCACUUUCUUGGUGCUAUGUAGCAGAGGCCCUACGAAACCCGCGGUGUGUUGUACCUCCUCAGAUUGAGCACUGCAACAGCCUGCUGCUGCAAUGGAGUUACAUACGGGGAGCCAGGCGAUGCGAGCAAGGUUUCGUGUGCUAUCGAUCACCGAACAGCUUCCAAACUAGAGAAGAAUGCGAGACACUCUGCCCCGCAGUUCCUCAUGCAAGACUGCCUACGAGGGUCCUCAGUUGCCGUUACUGGUUACUUAACAUGGAUCGCUGCACCGACAAAUGGGAGUCUUCGCGUCGUGACAUCUUUGGCAGAGUCCAUGAUUACUUGGUCUUCACUGGCUGUGGUGACUUUAAAAGAGUGAUUUACAUUUACAGUCUGCUCACGAAGUCAUGCACGAUAAAGCCCUGGUGGUGGAAGCUGCCUCGAGCGAAAAAGAUACCAAAUUCUGAUGCGUUCAUCCCUGAAUACCCUCUACCAGUAAAAACGUUCAGUUCAAUUAGUGCGCCUAAUAUGCCUUACGGUAUUCAGUUCAAUUAGUGCACCUAAUAUGCCUUACAGUAACAGCAUGAGCUCGAUGCGAUGACUAUGAAUUCAUUAAUGUUGAAAAUAAAGCAAAAAUUUCCACAACUGUUCGUAAUUUUUAACGUAUUCUUCCUACAGAGAUCGUUGUCUUAAAAAACAGCCGCUUGCACGUUUAGGUUACGCUGGCCGCACACGCACUGUAAGCGCCAGCUUGUAAUCGCUAGCUUCUCGCCCACAUGCAGUUCCAAAGGUAAAUAUUUGCAUUCCAUACAAAUGACAUUACAGUACAUUCCAUAUGAAUGCUGUUAGUUGUGUCAAGAUAGCUUUCAAAGGAUUCCACACGACCUGAAAUAUAUCCCUUAAUUUCGCACCGUAAAACAGGUAGCCGAUGAUCACCUCUCGAGCAUAAUUAUUCAAUAGGGGUACGUGCGUUUACCUUAGAUUCAGCAUCUCUGCAUCUAUGGGAAAGCCAAAAGGUUCCAUUUAAUUUUACAACCCAUACAAUGUAAAUAAUCUAUAUAAGCAGCGUCAUGUACAAACGUAUGCAGGUCUUUUUUCUAGCAUACCAUUUAGAAAAAAUAUAUUUUUCUCUACCUUAAUGGACACAUUUAUGCCUAAUAUAAAGCCUGACUAAUCAAGGCCUCUUUCUCUAGUUUGUUUUUGUUUCUUUAAAAUAUACUUUCGGGUAAAGCCGCGCUAGCAGUGAUGGCUCACUGGUUGUGGUGCUCGGCUGCUGACCCGAAAGACGCGGGUUUGGUCCCAAGCCACCUAUUGUCAGCAUUAACUAACAGUUAGCUAACCAUAGUAAACAAUUAGUCAACAUUAGACACUAGCAGGCACCAGUUACUUGAUAUUGACCAGUGCUAGCAAACAGUUACCCUAACUAGCCAACAUUACUAAGCGCUACACAUCAGCCGACAGUCAGUCAACAUCACGCAACAAUAGAGUUUUAGAGUGAGGUACGCAAAUCUUAGCGUUAGCGUAUGUCGCCGCUGUGCGUGCGUCGUACGCUAUUCUUUUGCGUGUCCCCGUUAAGUGAGGGAAACAGCGUGCGUACGCAACGAACGCUAUCUUUGCUCAUCCUAUUCUAAAACUGCCGAUUGGCCGACAGUUACCCAAUAUUGACCAGAGCCAGUCAACAUUUACCCUACCUAAUCAACCUUAACUGACAGACAACCAACACAACGCAACAUUAGCCGGCAGUUACCCAAUAUAAACCAGUGCUAGCCAACAGUUACCCUAACUAAUCAACAUUAACAAGCAUUAGGCAACAUUAGCUGACAGUCAAGCAACAUCACUCAGCAUAACCGACAGUUACCCAAUAUUAAACAGUGCCAGUCAAUGGUUACCCUAACUAGUCAACAUUAACAAGCACCAGGCACAGGCAGCAUUAGGCGAUAAAUAGAGUAAACAUCAGCUAAAGCUAGCUAAACGUUAGCAGAUAUUGAGCACUGCUAGCAAAAAGUUAGCCAACACUGGGCAGCGUGAGCCAGCGCUGGCUGACGGUGCGCCAAUGAGUGAUGAUACUUAGGGAAUGAAUAUUCAUGUAAUUUAUGUUAGGGGAUGCCUAUUGUGAUAUGUUAUUGAAAGAAAUGACCACUACGGCACUUGUUUAAUGGUGUCAUUUGUAUUACGACUACUACAAUGCGAGUCCUGUAGUUCAUGUCCUGACUCGUCAUUCAUCCUGGUCAUACACUCAUGUCGUGCCCCGCACAGGCUGGUACAUAUCACUAAUAAAAAUAUUGAUAAUGACGAGUUACGCAUUGUGUCA